GUGAAAGUGAAAGUAGAUGUAAACAAACUUAUUGUGGUGUGCAGGUCAUGCUAGUGUGUAGUAUUGAUUGUGUAGUCUAAGAGUAGUCUGUAAAAAUGGCACAAAGCGAGAUCACAAGGAGGAAAAAGAAAAAAGACGACAAAUGGAAGCCAGAUGUUGAGGGGCAUCAUGAAGACCAUCACUUUAAUUUGAAUGCUGACGAAGAGGCAAUUAAAAACUACCAAUUCAUUAUACAUGUUGAUGAUGAUCCAACCAAAGAUCCUAUGUAUGAUCAAAAACAAGAUUUACUAGACGAAUGUAAAAAGUUAUUAGGAACCACGUUAUCAGGAAAAAGGCCCCUGAAUAUUGCAGUUUUAGGCCCACCUGGCUGUGGAAAAUCUGCAUUCCUUAAUACAGUGUUUGCUAGUUUGAGCAACGACCGGUGGAGAGAGCAUGCCAAACAUGGAAGUUUUAGUUCCAUUGGUAAACAAGUUACCAGACGACUCAAAAGCUAUAAAAAGGAAGUCUAUUACAGAGAAACGGAUACAGUUUUAAUGCCUACGUUUAUAGAUAUGACUGGAUUCGAAAACGAGGGUUCAAAACUGAACAGAGAACUUUUAAAAUUAAUUUUGAAAGGAAAAAUGAAAGAAAAUGAACUCCUCUCAGAUGUCAUCGAAUACGGAAAGAAAUACGGAGGAAAUGCCUUAAGAAUAAAAUACAGUUCCAGACCUGUUUACAAACGGGUAGACCGUAUUAUAGCUGUCUGUUCGUGUAACCCGUUGUCUAAUUUACCACGUGCUUUGUUUGAGACGAUAGCUGAAAUCGCCAGUAAUAAAGACAUAACCGUGUAUGGUGUCAUGACACAUGCGGAUGCAUUCUCAACAGAGGAUACCAUUACAGAAAAAGAGGCAAACUUUCGUCAUUUACUGGGUAUACCGGAUACAAGGUUUGUUCGGAUUAAGAACUAUUGUUCUGAUGUGGACCCUACUCAUGCAUACCUUAAAACAGUAAUCCCAACGUUGGAUGUUCCAGUCCUUAAGCUGAUGACACAGGUUUUACCACGGGAGGACAAUGAUGACGUAGAACCCGAGCCCGACCCUGAAGAUAUUAAACUAGACUACGUGUACAGAUAUUGGAAGCAUGCAUCGUUACUCGUAGUAAUAAUACUGGUGUUUCUGUUUGGAACGUUAACAUGGUUUAGCAUUGCUAUUAUUAUUUCGCUGAUAAUUGUAUCAUCGCUAGUCUUUUUUUGGAAAGGUCAAGAAGUACUGACUCAGUUAAACUUCUUUGAAUGAGUUAUCGAAGCCUCUAGACACACCAUAAGUGAUAAAAAUUGUUUAAUUCUGCUUAUAUUAUUGUUAAGGGUACAUGUAAUAUGAUUGGGGGUUAACAGGAUAGAGAGUAAAGGGCAAAACAUAAAAAGAAAACAGAAUUAUAAUAAAUUUAAAAAAAUAAAGAAUAGAGAACAGUAACGUAUAAUACAAUUGAAUUGCAUGUCUCUGUAGAGGAUAAUUUGGUGCUUGAAUAUAAGGUCAAGGAAAAUACUUCUCUAUUUAUUAACGAUUGAGUGGAUAAUAAACGUUGAAUAUACCUUAUGUCCAGACAUGUCUAAAGACAAAUUCAAGUUCCAAAUAUUAUACUGAAUAUGAACCCUGUUCUAGACUGAAAGUGUCGAGAAAGCUUUUUAACGUGCUAGUUCACAAUUAAGGUAACACUCCCCAUUAAGACAUCAUUUAGCCACUCGAGCAUACCAGUCGGUUUUUUACAGAUAUAUCAUAUAAUGAAGGAGAGGUAUAAUUAAAUUAUCAAUGCCACUUGCUUAGCGGAGGAACAGCAAUUUUAAAUGUUGACGUGUUUGGAUUGACCCGGCCGGGAUUUAAACCCACGAUUUCCCGCACUAAGUGCAAAAACAUAACCAAGAGAAAUAUGAAGCUGUCAGAAAAAUAUACUGAGUAUCAUACCAAAAAAACUAAAGUGCAAUAAAUAAUUCAAUCUCAAAGAACUCUUCCUUUUAUUUAAGCCAUCAACAUGCAUUUAACCAAUUGAUAUUAUUGAAAACUGUACUUGAAAAACGAAGGUCGAUUCAAGCGUAGAUUUCAUGCACGGAAGAUUUCUGAACAUUUGGUACUCUUGCACAAUUAAUUGAGGGAUCCACGUGCGACCAGCUGUUGCAAGGCUAAACUCACGUAGUUCUGUUUUUUAUCCAACAUAUCCUCAUUUUGCAUUACCCUUCUAAGUUCCAUGUCCAUUCUCUUUGUCGACUUUUUAUAUUUGCUAUGAAAAGCCUACCUAUUGUAUUGGUAAUUAAUGUUUUCUCGUUAUGAACAUACA